GCAGGAUGACAAGAUCUGUCUGAGAUUUUAUUGAUGAAAUAAGUGUUUGUGAGACGUGAUAUUCUCUCCUGUUUUUCUGUAAAAUAUUUCAAACGUCUAUCUAUUGUGUCACAAAGAAGUUAUUAUAUUAAUAACAUUUCAUUUAUUCUCUCACAUCCAGUGUUUUAACAAUGACAAACGACGAAUCCGUUUUGAAACAGUAUCUAUCAAAGUAUAAACAUCGAGAUUACACCAUUCGAGAGGUACUCAAUGUGAUUCAAGUAUACAAAAGUUUGGUUUAUCGCUUGGAAGCUUUUGUUUUUAACAAUGGAUCAAGAAAAGACUUACUACACUUGGAUGGGACUAUACCCGUGAAUUACAAAGGCGCAUAUUACAAUAUUCCUAUUUGUAUUUGGCUUAUGGACACGCAUCCUCUAAAUGCGCCUUUGUGUUUCGUAAAACCUACUCCGGACAUGUCUAUUAAAGUCUCGAUAUAUGUCGAUAACAAUGGCAAGAUCUAUUUGCCAUAUCUUCAUGAAUGGUCUCAAAAUGGAUCCACUUUAUUACAACUAAUCCAAGCUAUGAUUAGUGCUUUUGGAGAAAUCCCACCAGUGUAUUCCAAACCGCGGAACGAAGCGAGACCUUAUCCAGUUUCCCCAUUUAUGCCAUUACCAGGUAGUGGUUAUCCUUAUCCUCAGGGAGCCCCACAGCCUGGCUAUCCUACAACAACUCCAUAUCCAACAACUUCAAAUUUGCCAUACCCAGGUUAUGGUUCUCCUUAUCCAGGUGCCAAUGGCACUCCUUACCCACCAGCAGCAUCUGCAACUCCAUAUCCCCCAGCCACUAACUAUACUCCUGGGACUGAUGCAGCUGGUGGAACUAUCACAGAGGAGCACAUUAAAGCUUCACUGUUGUCAGCUGUUGAAGAUAAACUAAGAAGAAGGCUCAAGGAACAGUCCCAGCAGUCUCAGGCAGAGUUGGAGACUUUACGCAGAACUGAGCAAGAGCUGCAACAAGGCAAGACUCGACUAGAGGACAUACUAGCCCGGUUGCAGAGAGAAAGAGCAGAUCUCGACAAAAAUGUGACAACUUUACAGGAAAAAGAAAAGGAGUUACAGGCAGCUGUAGAGAGAUUGGGAGAACAGGAGGGUAUUGAUGUUGACGAGGCUGUCGUGACUACUGCUCCUCUAUACUCCCAGCUGUUAAAUGCCUUUGCAGAGGAGGCUACAUUGGAGGAUGCCAUUUAUUACAUGGGUGAAGCAUUACGGAAAGAGGUUAUUGAUUUGGAUACAUUUUUGAAGCAAGUUCGCACACUGGCACGUAAGCAGUUUACUUUAAGAGCUCUGAUGCACAAAUGCAGACAAAAGGCACAGCUUGCGUGUUAGUGACAUUCAAGAUCCCGAUUUACCUGGAAUUAUACUGAUCUUCUGACAAACGAAAUGAAAUUAUUGUUACAAACAUGGAUAUAAUCAGAUGACACACUAAAAAUGUUAUGGUCAAAUCAAAUCAUUUAUUCAGAAAUUAGACCUUCACAGGAACUUUUUCAGGUCUAAUUUUAUAUUAGAGUAUUUAUAUUUAUUUUAUAGUAAUUUCUUAAUUUCUUGGGAACAACCGCUGCUGAAAAGAAAUACUACAAAUAACUCAUUAAACAGUGUUGGUCCCUAUCAUGGCAGAAGGGUCACUUGCAUAGUCUGUCAUGUAACAAACUAUGUUUGGCAAAAUUAACUGAGCAUUAUAGUAACAUAUUGUAUUAUGUUAACAUAUAAAUCAUAAAAUAAAAUUGUCAAAACAAAGUUAAAUGUAUGUACAAUAUGAAAGGAGAGAUAUUUUUUACUGAACAUACAGUAAAUAAUGUAAUUUUUAAUUGAUGUCUAUGUUAAAAACAUUUGUAUUAAAUGUUAUAAUGGUAUUUAAUGUACAAGUCAUGAAAAUUUUUCAGCUGAAUUGUAUUCAUUAUUUUUGUGAUAUUUUAAGUAAUCAAUAUCAUCAUUUGUACGUAAAAUUUGUUGUUAGUCAUCACUCUGGUGAAAUGGUAAUCUUAUAGUUCUUAAAUUAUAUCACUAUUAUGUAGUUGUAUCACAUAUGUUACAAUUAGAUCUGUUAGCCACAAUAUGCAGUCGUUUUAUAUGUGGUUGUGAAAGUAAUUCAUGUGGAUGUUAUAUUUGGUAUCACUGAUAUUGAUUGAAUACUUUUAAAAAUAGUUUGUGGCCACUUUAACAUUUUCGUUUAUCUCAAUCCAAACUGCAAUUAAUGGGAAAGAAAAUAUGUACGUCAUUGUAUCUGAUUUCUCCAUAUAAUUUAAUUUACUUCCUUCAAACAACUCAAAAAACCCUGGCAUAUAUUAUCAUUAGUAUUAUUGGGAAAUUAGACAAUAAGACGAACAUAUAUUAGUGAUUUGACAGAAUCUACAUGUAAAGAGCCUGUUUAAAGUACUUUUAAGCAAGUGCCAUUUAACAUGUGUAUGUGAAUGUAAUGCAAUGUGAUUAUAAUAUUUUUUUUAUAAAUAUUCUUUACUAUUAAGUCUGUAUUUUAUAUUAUUGCUUCAUUGAUAAAUAUUUUAAAGAAUUAAAAAUAUAAAAAAAGUGUUGUAUUUAAUGGAAGAUAAGUCUUUUUUAUUUUGCUUGUAUUAUGCUAGAUUACUUGAAGUCCAAAACUGCCCUACAUUUUAUUAAAUGAUAUCAGCUGUGAAUUAUGCAAAUCCACAUCAUGCCAUUGUGGGGUAUUGAGUAGUUAUGUUUGUCCCUUUCCUUUGUAUGAUUUCAAUUAUGCUAAAAUAGAGAGAAACACAUUUGUUGGUUUGGUGUGGAAAUAGCAUUACACUGUAUGAUGAUAAGAAUAUUACUCUUAUUUAAAUUAGUGUUAUCAAUGUUACAUUCUGAAAGAUAGUUGUUAAUCAGUUUUAUGUCUUGACGAAUGCGAAUAGGGUAAGUUUUGCAUUGCAUGUCUUUGUGGACUGAUUAAAUUUGUCACAAUAAAUAUGAAAUUGUAUCAAA